AUGAAGGAGGUACAUGUAGCAGAUAAAUCAACAUCAGGCUUCGCAAUGAAGAUGAUGAUGAAGAUGGGAUGGAGCAAGGAGAAGGGUCUAGGUGCUAAAGAGGAUGGAGAGGUACAGUUCGUCACGACAAAGAAGAAGGUGGACAAUAGAGGCAUUGGUAGAGAGACUGGUGUAUCAUACUCUAGGAACUGGGAGAGAACAAACGAGGACUUUGACAAUAUAUUGGCUAAACUAAAUCAAGGAAGAGAGGAUGGCAACAAGGACGACGACGAUAAGAAGAAGAAGAAGAGAAAGAAGGAAAAGAAGGAUGACUCUGCUGUUGACUCAGAGGAUGAAGAGAUGAACCAAAUCACAAAGAAGAAGAGGCUAUCAUUGUUUGUAAAGGCAAAGUCUGCUGAUGAGAAAGAGAGUAGCAGUGACAGUAGCAGCAGUGAGAGCGAGAGUGAUAAAGAGAGUGCCAGUAGCAGCAGCAGCAGUGAGAGUGAGAGUGAACAAAAGACAAAGUCAAAGAAGAAGAAGAAUAAUAACAGUGAUAGCAGUAGCAGCGAGAGUGAGAGUGAAAAGGACAGCAGUAGCAGUGAAAGUGAGGAUGACAAGAAGGUCAGCAGCAGUGAGAGUGAGAGUGAGAGUGAUAGCAGCAGUAGUAGCAGUGAAGAAGAGGAGGAAGUUAAGCCAAAGAAAACACAAUGGGUGGCACAAACAAGAUAUCACAGAUUGAUGAAGUCCAAACAAGUCAGCAACUAUAGUGAGGAUGAUCUAAGAGCUAUCCUGGGCUACAGGCCUAAUCAAGAUGGAAGAGGUGUUGUCGAAGACAAGAAAGACACCAACAAGGCAUUGUCCAACAACAUAUACAUUGACAACAACAAACAACAACAACAGUCUACAUCAUCAACAGAUAACUCCACCAAAUCCAAAGGAGGUCUGAAGAUGGUCAAAUCCUCAACAUUACACUUUGACAAUGAUGAUGACGAUGAUGAUAAUUGUUAA